ACCAUAAACUAGUUAAACUACAGACAGCAUGUUGAGAAAUGUAGUUCUUCGACUGGAACGAGAUAUUUUUCGAUUAUUGAAUUGGAAUCAAUCACCAAAACCAGCUCUAGCAUUUGUUACAACCGAUACCGAAAAUGACGUUUACCAGAAGGCCUCAAAUAUUCUUGAUUCCAUUUUUGAAAGUUUCUUGUGGGGUGCCCCAAAAAGCAGACGAUCAACUGAAAAACGUAAAAUACGCAAAAUGUCAGAACUGAAACAUUUUGAACAUGCAAGACCAAAGCAAAAUAUUAUUGCAUGUCUUCAGUGUGGACAUUAUCACGAAAAUGACACUAUUUGCGGUAACUGCUACGAUAAAGUACGACAAGAGACUAAACUCAUGCAGAAAGCUUUCAAAGAUGAUCUGAAAUAUUCUGCUCCUCUGAAAGAAGUAGUGGUGCUUUAUGAAAAUGAAAAAGAAGAAAGUAUUCAUGAUAAAUACGUUGUGAAAGUGAAGAAAACGAGACCUUCCUGGUUUGCGAAAAGCUUAUUAAUUAAAGCUAAAUGAAUUUUUGAGAUUAGUUUUUAUUAGUAUUUUAUAUUAAAGUAAAUGAUUGAAACAAAUGCAA